CCAGAUCUCUCCCAAGUCCCAACAACACUCUCAUCUAAUCAUCGUGCAUAUUAUUUUCACUGCUGCAACCGAGCUAAAGCCGCCAAAGAAUAGCGACUGUAAUAUCUCUCCUUCCUCUUGUCUGUGCGGGAGCUGAGUGAAAGAGGAGUGAUGGCGUUUUCUGCUGCGAUCUCUCACUCGUCGUCGCGCAUUCUUUCUUCGAGAGCAUUUUCUCGCUGCGAGCCUAAGCCGAAGCAGGAAAAGAAGGAGAAGAUCUGUUUCAUUCCUUCUCAUUGCGGAGGGCCACUCCAUACUCUCCGACACUCUCCUACUUGCAGAUUGGAUGUUGUUUCUCAGAUGGGAAAGAAUGAAUCAUCAUGCAUCCAAGUCUUUUCUUCAGUCACAGAUGUUUCACUGGACAAUUCAAUGGAAAGAGUUGACCUUCCAAAAGGUGACAUGUGGUCUGUUCAUAAGUUUGGUGGCACUUGUGUGGGAAGUUCCCAGAGAAUCAAGAAUGUUGCAGAGAUUAUCAUAAAUGAUAAUUCUCUGGGGAAAUUGGUUGUUGUGUCGGCAAUGUCAAAGGUGACUGAUAUGAUGUAUGAGCUCAUUUACAAGGCUCAAUCACGAGAUGAUUCGUAUUUAACUGCACUGGAUGCCGUGCUCGAAAAACACAAAUCGACAGCCAUGGACUUGCUAGAUGGUGAAGAACUUGCUAGUUUUCUGUCCCGCUUACAUCAUGAUGUUAAUAACCUUAGAGCAAUGCUUCGUGCGAUAUAUAUAGCCGGUCAUGCAACAGAAUCCUUUUCGGAUUUUGUUGUAGGACAUGGAGAGUUGUGGUCUGCACAGAUGCUAUCAGGAGUUGUGAGAAAGCUUGGGGUGGAAUGCACAUGGAUGGACACAAGGGAUGUAAUUAUUGUAAAUCCUACUAGUUCUAAUCAAGUUGAUCCUGAUUUUGAGGAAUCUGAACAAAGACUUGAAAAGUGGUUCUCUCAAAAUUCCUCUAAGACAGUUAUUGCAACUGGUUUCAUCGCCAGUACACCUCAAAAUAUCCCUACAACUUUGAAGAGGGAUGGAAGUGACUUCUCUGCAGCAAUUAUGGGUGCUCUAGUAAGGGCUCGUCAGGUCACUAUAUGGACUGAUGUUGACGGAGUUUAUAGUGCAGAUCCUAGAAAAGUUAGUGAAGCUGUGAUACUGAAGACGUUGUCAUAUCAAGAGGCUUGGGAAAUGUCAUAUUUUGGAGCGAAUGUUUUACAUCCGCGCACCAUUAUUCCAGUGAUGCGGUAUGACAUUCCAAUUGUAAUAAGGAAUAUUUUCAACCUCUCUGCACCUGGAACAAUGAUAUGCCGACCUUCUGUUGAUGAAGAUGGAGAUGAUGAGAAGUUGGACACUCCUGUUAAAGGUUUUGCAACAAUAGAUAAUUUGGCUCUUGUAAAUGUUGAAGGAACUGGAAUGGCUGGUGUUCCCGGUACAGCUAGCACCAUUUUUGGUGCUGUAAAAGAUGUGGGAGCCAACGUCAUUAUGAUUUCCCAGGCUAGCAGUGAGCACUCUGUUUGCUUUGCAGUUCCUGAAAAGGAAGUUAAAGCUGUUGCUGAAGCUUUACAGGCUAGAUUUCGCCAAGCUUUAGAUGCUGGUCGUCUUUCCCAGGUUGCAGUCAUUCCAAAUUGUAGCAUUUUAGCCGCAGUUGGCCAGAAAAUGGCUAGUACUCCAGGGGUCAGUGCUACUCUUUUCAAUGCUUUGGCGAAGGCUAAUAUCAAUGUCCGUGCCAUAGCUCAAGGUUGCUCUGAAUACAACAUUACUGUGGUGGUCAAACGUGAGGACUGUGUGAGGGCUUUAAGGGCUGUACAUUCACGGUUUUUUCUUUCAAGGACCACAAUAGCAAUGGGGAUUGUUGGACCCGGUUUGAUUGGUGCCACGUUGCUUGACCAGCUUAGGGAUCAGGCAGCUGUUCUCAAGGAAGAAUUUAACAUUGAUCUACGUGUUAUGGGAAUCACUGGCUCAAGAACCAUGCUUUUAAGUGACGUAGGAAUUGAAUUAACAAGAUGGAGAGAACUUAUGAAGGAGAAUGGAGAAGUGGCUGACCUGGAGAAAUUCACUAAAAAUGUGCAUGAAAACCACUUCAUUCCAAAUACUGUCUUGGUAGAUUGCACAGCAGAUGCUGGUGUUGCAAGCUAUUACUAUGAUUGGUUGCGGAGAGGGAUUCAUGUGAUCACUCCAAAUAAAAAGGCAAACUCAGGACCUCUUGAUCAGUAUUUAAAGCUGAGAGCUCUUCAGCGGAAAUCUUAUACACAUUACUUUUAUGAAGCAACUGUUGGAGCUGGCCUUCCAAUUGUUAGUACUUUAAGAGGUCUUCUAGAAACUGGUGACAAGAUAUUGCGCAUUGAAGGCAUUUUCAGUGGGACAUUAAGUUAUAUUUUCAACAACUUCAUUGGUACACGAGCUUUCAGUGACGUGGUUGCAGAGGCAAAAGAGUCGGGCUAUACUGAACCAGAUCCUCGGGAUGAUUUAUCUGGUACAGAUGUUGCUAGAAAGGUGAUAAUUCUUGCACGAGAAUCUGGCUUAAGGUUGGAACUCUCUGAUCUCCCUGUUCAAAAUCUUGUGCCGGAACCGUUACAGGCUAGUGCAUCUGCGGAAGAAUUCAUGAAGCAAUUACCACAAUUUGACAAAGCGAUGGCCAAACAAAGACAAGAGGCCGAGGAUGCUGGGGAAGUCUUGAGAUAUGUUGGGGUUGUAGAUGUGAUCAAGGAAGAAGGGCGUGUGGAGCUGCGAAGAUACAAGAAAGAUCACCCAUUUGCACAGCUGUCAGGUUCUGAUAACAUCAUAGCUUUCACAACCACAAGGUACCAGAAGCAACCUCUGAUAGUCCGAGGACCUGGUGCUGGGGCUCAAGUCACAGCUGGUGGCAUCUUCAGUGACAUAUUGCGGCUUGCCUCUUAUCUUGGUGCCCCGUCAUAAUUGGCAUUAAUGCUGCCCCCCUCAUUUUGAUCUAAUUGUCAGUCACCCCUGCCCCCCUCUCUAUCAUGCUUUGUUCUUGUAAUUUUGCCAACGUUGUGUGUCAAUUUUUGGAUGGUGAUUCGUUGAGCUAUAGUUUUAUUUGCCUUAAUAGGAUGCCGUAAGUUAUUGCGUUUUGGGGGGGUCGAAUAUUGUACUCUUAGUUUUGCCCUUUUUAUGCAAGUUAAAACCUCCUUUGUGUCUCCAGACUCCAUUCUCCACCCUCAAGGCGUGCAGGUCAAUGGAAAAUGUGGUGUGUCAUGAGAAGAAGUGCUGGCGCUAGUGCAAUUGUUCUUUCA